UUACCAUUUCAAUCUGUAUCUUUUGGAAUAAAUGAGAAUCACAAUAAGAAUUAUGUACAAUUUUGGAAAAGUGUGACUCCUUUUUUAUGGAAACUUCUACCUCAAUAUAGUGGAUUUUGUGCAAUGAUGGCUCAGUUAUAAGUUUCAAUUAAACAUAUAUGUUAUACGUUUGAGAAUUUCCUUUAACAAUAUGGUUAAAUGUUUUAUAACUAAAACUUAAGUUUAAGAAAUCAGUUAACUCAUUGGAGAAGGCAGAUGACCUUGUUUCGUACCGUGCGGUCUGGGAUGAAUGCUGAGCAACAAGUUGGUCUCAACGUAUAUGUUUAGCCAUUCUUUAUUAUUAUGGGCUGUUAGAAUUAUGAAAAUACAAAGUAGUUAUCAUUGCUAUAAUCUUCACUGGUUAUUUUACCAAGAGGAAAAUGCAUUACAUUUCAUUUUGUUACUGGCAGCACUGAAUUGAUCACCUGUUUGUUCGAGUGCUUUGCCAUUGUUUUUCAGCUACUACAUGUGAGGUUAGGUGUGUUUUGUUUUUGUUUAGAUAAGAAAUUGAUCGUAAUGGUUGUAAAGAACUGUGGGACUCUAUUGUAGCUUUAUUAGAGUGAUUACAAGUGCAAUUCCAAUAUCGGUAAUAGUGAAGGUACCGCGGAAGUCGUAAAUAUUUCCUGUGCUCAAAAACGGUUUGCUGAUUCACGGUUUGUGCAAGGAUGAAGAACUUGAACGGCAAUAUAAAGGUAUGGAAGAUAUCUGUAGGAGGCAAGAUAUUCUCAUCGUUGUCAGUAACUGGCAACUUGGUGUUAUUUGGUUGCCAUGACAACAACUUGUAUUGUCUCCGCUGCAGUGAGCAUGCUGUUGAGAUGCUGUGGCGACAAGACGCAGGCUCUGCGGUGUAUGCCACCCCUGUACGACUGGGCCCACACUACUUGGCUUUUGCUACCACUGAAGGACUUGUCUACACUGCAUGUCUCCAUUCGGGCAAAAUCAUUACUUCCAUCCGUCUUCCCAAAGAGAUAUUUUCUUCCCCCGUUAUUUAUAGAGACUCUCUCAUUAUUGGGUGCAGAGAUAACAGUGUUUAUUGUUUAAGGUUUAAUAAAAGUUCAAUUGUUUAAUA